GACCCCGUGCUGAGCCCCCCACUUCCCUGCGUCACCAUGGCCUCCCAGCCGCAGCCCCUGCCCCCCGCCGUGCCCUGCGCCUCCCCUGCCGGCACCGCGGGGGCCGGGCUGGCCGGCAGCCCCGAUAAAGGCAGCGCACGCCCCAAGCCACCGGUGCGGCCCAAGCCCCGCGUGCUGCCCAAGCCGGCCGUGCCCGCCAAGCCCUCGGUGCCGCCCCCCACGGCGGGCCCGCGGCACCCCCGGCCCGAGCUGCCCUCGGCCGAGAAGAUGAACCGCCUGGCCGGGCCCCAGCCCUACAGCGCGGCAGGCGCGGGGGGGCCCCUCCGGCGCCCCUCCUUCACUGUCAGAACACCUGAGACCCCCAACGGGAAGGGGCCCUCGUCGCCCUCGGUCACAGGCACCGAGGAGGAGGUGCCGCCGGCCCCGCCAACCCCCUCGCGCAAGGGCCCGGCGCCCUUCAAAGUGACGCCGGUGCCGGUGGCCGCCAGGCCGGAGCGGUUCCCGGGCACCACCGUGGAGGAGAUCCUGGCCAAGAUGGACAGCAGGGAGGGCCCGGGCAGCCCAGACCGAGCCUGGCUCUCACCCUUCUGCACCGACCCCUCCUCCCGCUUCGGCUCCAAGACCUUUGUUGCCUUCCGGAAGCGUCCCAGCGGGGAGGCAGACGGAGACCCUGCCGAUGAAGCCCCCCAGAUGCCCCGACCUGCGGCAGGCGAGCUGGGAAUGGGGGAUGAUGGACACCCUGUGGCUGAGAUGAGCAGCUCCCCCCCAGCCGGGCCGAGCUGUGCCGGGGACCCCUGUGGACGCCGGAGGCCGCCAUCCCCUCCUGACCUUUCCACUCUACAGCUGGGUGCCCUCGGACCUCCAGGCUCCCCAAGGCCUCCCACCUGCCCAGCCCCAGCCCCAGGAGCUCCUUUCCAGCCUGCUGAGCCCUCUGCCCCAGCCCCUGGCUCCCCUGAUGCCCCCCCUGAGCUCCUGGCCCCUGACUCCCCCACACUGCCCCCUGGCUCCCCCGAAUCCCCCACUCGGCCUCCAGUCGAGGUCCCUGUCACCUCCAUCCAGGCCCCGGGCGCUCCCUCAGCCACCAAACCCCAGCUCAGCGUCUCCCGUUCCCCUGGCUCCCCACACACUCCAGGGGAGGGAUCCCCUGGCACUGCCAGCCCCCCUGGCACUCCUGAACUGCCCCCACGAGUCACCUGCCCUCCCGGCUCUCCCGAGGCUGCUGCCGAGUCUGGGCCCCCCAGCCCACCCCUUGCCAAAGCCUCUUGUCCCCCAGGCUCCCCAGAGGGACCUGAUGACUCCACAAUGUCCCCACGGUUCCAUGAGGGUCCUGAUUUCAACCCCCCUUCCCGGGAUGUGGGGCUCCGGCGCUCCUCAGAGGGGGUGCUGCGGCCCCCGCCCACGGGGCAGGGCCUGGGGGAGCUGGGGGGCUCGCUGAGUGCCCUGCCCCGGGCUGGAGACCUCCUGUCAGAGCCCUCCCUGGGCAGCGAGUCCAGCUGGAGCCUUUCCCAGUCCUUUGAGUGGACAUUCCCGUCGCGGGGGGCACGCUUGCCAGCCUUCCCUCCCCGCUCCCCCAUCCGGGAGACACCUGACUCGGGGCUCUCCGAAGAGGGGGAGUCGGAUGGGGAGGCUGCGGCCCCCGGCCCUCCAAAGGACAGCAGGGCUGAAGGACCUGGCAGCCAGCAGGCAGAGGGGGCUCCAUGCCCAGGGGGUCCUGUGGCACAGCGAGAGGCUGAGGGCUCAGCAGAGGAGGAGGAAAGAGAGGCGGAGCAGGAUGCUCCCAUGUGCCACUCCCCACUUCGUGUGACAGAGCCUGGCCAGCAGCCAGCUGAGCCUGAGUCCCCCACCCAGCCCAGCCUUACCACAACUGCCCCCCUGGAUCCAGCCCCCCCAGAUCCAGCUGCUCCAGCUGACUCAGCCUGGGCAGGUGAUGGCCCCAAGAGCCUGCAGUGUCCCGGGGGCCCAGGCCAGGCUGAAAAACCCUCGCAGGAGCCUGACCCCCACACUGACCCGGGCUGGCUGACAGAGCUGUUGGAGUCACCUGGGGUCCAUGGCUCUCCGGAGAACCUGCUGGGCUGGUCACGGAAGGACCUGUGCAGUGAGUUUGGCAUUGGCCACCCUCGCCAGGACAGCACCUUUGACUGGAGCCACCCAGGUGCGUCCAGGGAGAGAGACUGGCCUGCUGAGACCAAGCAGGACCAGGAAUUCGGGACCAAAUCCAGCUGGGAUAGCAACCACAGUGACAAGGACAGCACUGCCCGGGAGAGCUGGAGCGGUGACUACAGAGCAGCAGAGCUGAUGGGGGACACGAAACUGGGCUGCAGCGACUGGUCCCAGUCCCUUGGCACUGGGAAGAGCUGCCCACGGGAUCCAGACUUCAGUGCCAGCACAGCUGAGUGGGGCCAGGGCUAUGGCAGCACGGAGGAGCUUGGCUCCAGACGGGCCAGCUGGGGCAGUGGCCUCGGCACGGGACACGACCGGCAGCUGGACAAGGAGCCGCGCUCCGGGCAGCCCACCUGGGCAGGCAGGUACAGCGACAGGGACACAGAGAUGAAGGACAGGGAACUCACCCCAGACUGGGCCAGUAAAUACAGCAGCCAGGAUGCUGGGAGCAAGGAUGAGAAUUUAACACUGGGCUGGGCUGGCAGAUCCAGCACUGGGGACAGCCCAGAUAAGGAGCUCAGCCCCAGCCGGCCAGCCUGCGACAGGAGGUAUAACACCAGGGACAUGGAGAGCCAGGACAGGGAGUUCAGCCCCAGCCGGCCGGCCUGGACUGGUGAAAUCAGGGACAUGGAAAGCCAGGACAGAGAGUUUAGCCCCAGUAGACCAGCCUGGACUGGUGAAUACAGGGAAACGGAAAGCCAGGACCAGGAGUUCAGCCCCAGCAGGCCAGCCUGGGAUGACAGAUCCAGCACCAAGGAGAUGGAGAGCCAGGACCAGGAGUUCAGCCCCAGCAGGCCAGCCUGGGAUGACAGAUCCAGCAGCAGGGACAUGGAGAGCCAGGACCAGGAGUUCAGCCCCAGCAGGCCAGCCUGGGAUGACAGAUCCAGCAGCAGGGACAUGGAGAGCCAGGACCAGGAGUUCAGCCCCAGCCGAGCAGCCUGGGAUGACAGAUCCAGCAGCAAGGACAUGGAGAGCCAGGACAGGGAGUUCAGCCCCAGCAGGCCAGCCUGGGAUGACAGAUCCAGCUGCAGGGACACGGAGAGCCAGGACAGGGAGUUCAGCCCCAGCAGGCCAGCCUGGGAUGACAGAUCCAGCAGCAGGGACAUGGAGAGCCAGGACCAGGAGUUCAGCCCCAGCAGGCCAGCCUGGGAUGACAGAUCCAGCAGCAUGGAGAGCCAGGACCAGGAGUUCAGCCCCAGCAGGCUGGCUGAAGCCGGUGAAUGCAGUACCAGGGACCUGGAAACUCAGGAUGAGUUCAGUCCCAGCAGGCCAGCCUGGGAUGACAGAUCCAGCACCAGGAACAUGGAGACCCAGGACAGUGAGUUCACAUCCAGCAGAGCAGCUGGGGAUUGCAGACACAGCACUGGAAACACAGAGACCCAGAAUGGGGAGUUCAGCCCCAGCAGAAGUAUCUGGGAUGACAGAUCCAGCACCAGGGAUGUGGAGGCACAGGACAGAGAGUUGAGCCCCAGUGGAGCAGCCCGGGAUGGGCAGCACAGCUCUGUGACCCCCAUGGAGGAAGAGCAGGAGCAGGUCCCAGCCCGGCUGAGCUGGCCCGGUGAGGGCAUCGGACAGACCAGGCUGGUCAGGGUUGGUGAGCAGGACGUGCCCAGCUCCCACCGCCCCGAGCCCCCAGCCCUGGGGCCCACCUGGCGCAGUGCCCACCAGCAGGAGCAUCACAGCUCUGGCAGCAGGGACUGGGCUGAGGAGCUUGGAGCAGCUGAGUGCCAGAGCCAGUUUGGUGUCAUUGGGACAGAGCGGGUGCCAGAUCCCUGCAGUGCCGGAGCCUUGGAUGGCUCCAUGUCCAGGGUCCUGCCACAGCCCCGGGCAGGCUUGCACAGGGAUCUCUCUCUGGACAUGGGUGAUGCCCGCUGGAGCCAGGACCUGGACAGCUGGAGUGUGGAGCACCAGGAUGCUGAGGCCAGGCGCCAGGAGUGGGCGAGUGCCUUCAGCGCCCGCUGUGCCGCCCGCAGCCGGGACCUUGGUGCGGGGGAGCAGAGCAUGGGAGGGGACACCGGCGCAGAGCAUGGCAGGUCGGCCCCCAGCCCUUCGAUGGGUGACAUUGCAGCUGAUUGCCCGGCUGUGGAGCCCCCCCGCAGUGAGUCACCCAGCCACUCUGAGGAGGAGAGGCAUCCCUCUGAACCAGCCGCUGGCCCACAGAGUCCCACAGUCCCCCCUCUGCUGCCAGAGGCUGCCAGUGGGAUCCCAAUGGACGCAGGAAGUAAGGAACAGCCCUCGGACCACCCAGACGGGGAGAGCUCCUUGAGCUGGGGGGAGCAGCGGCUCUCGCUGACUACCCCCCAGCCCGAGGGGUCCUUAGAGCAGGAAUUUCCUCUUCUGGAGGACACGGAGCUCCUGGACAGCAGCGUGUUCCGCUGCAAGGCCAGCCUGGGCCGCAAGCGCCAGCACCGGGCACCGUCCCUGCGCCCCACCACCACCGAGGGGGAGAGCUGGAUCUUCCGGGACUCCACAGAGCCCCGGCCAGCCCCGGCAGCGUCCUCCGACGAGGAGGCAGCGGAGGAGCCCCGGAGCCGGCGGAUGCGUGGCUCGUCCUCAGGCAGGGGGGUUAAAGUGCCACUCUUUCCUGGCCUCAGUGCCUCUGCCAUCAAGGCCAAGCUGAGGGGUCGCAACCGCUCGGCCGAGGAGGGGACAUCAUCAGGGGACAGCAAGGGGACCCCUCCUAAAGAUCCCCAUGUGCAGCGCUCCAAGUCCUGCAAGAUCCCUGGUAUGAGUGGGAAACCCCCAGCCCUGCCCCCCAAGCCAGAGAAAUCCUCAGGAUCCGAGGCCUCUCCCCCCCACUGGCUGCAGGCCCUGAAGCUGAAAAGGAAGAAGCCUUGAGCAGGGCUCACUCCGACGCUGAAGCCCACUGUCCCUGGACCAGGGCUGUCCCCUCCCAUGGGGACACACACACACACACACACCUAUGCACUUUGUACGAGCUUGCAGGGUCCCUGUCUUCCCAGCACCUCCUCCCUACCCCCCCAUUGUACCCCAUCCCCUUGGUCCCCAAGGGCCUGGGGGUGGGCACAAGCCCCCCUUCCCCUCCGCCCUGCUCGUGUAUGGCCCCGGACACAGGGCAACGGGUCCAGCUCGUGGUGCCACUGCCACAGACAAUAAAACCUCGCUGGUCAGUUCAGAGAGUCCUGACUCUUC